AUGUCCUCUAAUCAAGGUAUAAAUAUACCUGGUGUCUUAUUGGAUGAACUAAAGGACCAAGAUUAUAGCAAAGAUGAAAGAUUCACCCAAUAUGAAAAAAGGAGGAAAAGUACAAAUUUAGGUAGUAGAAAGAAAAGAAGGAAAAUACAAAGAUUAGAGAAAAAGACUCAACAAAAAAAUCGUAAUCAAGCAAAACAAGUUUCAAUCAAUAAUUUGAAAAAAAUUCAAUCAAAAGAUUUACGUAUUGAACUUUCUCAAGAAAAUGAAAAAAAAAUUUUGAAAAAGAAAAUAUCUACAAAAAAGAAAUCAGUUAGAUUUGGAGGUGAAGAAAUUAAAGAAAUUGAAAAUAAUAAAAAUAUUGAUUCUGAUGAAAUUGGUUCUGAUGAAAUUGGUUCUGAUGAAAUUGGUUCUGAUGCUAAUUCGGAUGAUGAUUUCGAUGACGAUUUCGAUGAUGAUUCGGAAGAUAUUGAAUUAGAUAAUUCUAUGUCAGUAGAAGAGACAAUGUCUGCAUUGAAAGCAUUAAAAAAAUCUUCAGCAGUUAAAAAAGAUCAACUAUCUGAUGAAGACGAUCAACUAUCUGAUGAAGACGAUCAACUAUCUGAUGAGGAAAACAGUGAUGAAGAAUUAGACAAUUCCAUGUCUGUAGAGCAAACAAUGGAAGCUUUGAAAGCUUUAAAAGCAAAGAAAAAUUCAAAAAAAUUCCAAGAUAUCAAAAAUAAUGAGGAAGAACAAAGUGAAGAAGAAAAGAGCGAUGAUGAAUUAGAUGAUGAUGAAUUAGAUGAUGAUGAAUUAGAUGCUUCCAUGUCUGUAGAACAAACAAUGGAUGCUUUGAAAGCAUUAAAAGAAAAGAAAAAUUCAAAUAAAUUGCAAGAUGAAGAAAAAAUUAAACCAAAGAAAAAAAAAUCUAGCAAAAAGCAAAUAGAAGAAGAACCUGCUAUUAUUCCAAUGUCUCGUGAAGAUAUUGUAGCAAUUGAAAGAGAUGAAAUGGAUAUGAAAUAUUAUGCUAAAAAAUUGGGGUUAAAAAAAUCUUCGAAAAAAAUUCAUGCCAAGAAUGAAUUCGAUGCAAUUGGUGGUUUACUUGAAGGUUUGGAUUAUUUUGAAAAUUUUGGUAAUGAUGAUGAAGAUUAUGGUGAUUUUGCUCAUGAUAAUCAAAAAACUUAUCAAGAAGAAAAAUUGGAUAGUAAUGCUUCUGGAAAUGAGGAUGAGGAUGAUAAUAAAGAUGAAGAUGAACUAAUUAGCGAAGAUAAUAGUUCUAAUGAGUCUAAUGAAGAAGUUAUUGAAAAUCCAUUUUCUUCAGAUGAUGAAUUGGAUAGUGAUGAUUUUGAUGAAUUUAAUGAAGAAGAUUUAGAUUCUGAUGAAUGGGAACAAUUAAGGGAAUUAGAAGGGGAUAAAUCUUCUAAAAAAAGUACAGAAAGGGAGAAUCCAUACAUGGCACCUGUUGAAAAUACUUCUUAUAUACCACCGUCUAUGAGAAAAACACCUUUAGUGGAAAAUGAUUCUCAAAUUAUGCAAGAAAUUAAAAAAAAGGUUAAAUCAGCAUUGAAUAAGCUUUCCGAAUCUAAUAUUCUAAUAAUUAUUAGUUCCUUAAAUGAUCUAUAUGAUUCCAACCCAAGGCAAUAUGUAACAAAGGCUAUCAUCGAUCAAAUAUUGGAAAUCAUUGUUCAAAGUAAUAAAUUACUAGAUAGUUUCAUCAUGGUCUAUUCAGCUGUCAUGUAUUCUUUGUGGAAAUUAAAGGGUAUUGAAGUUGGUGCAUCAUUUAUUCAAUCAACAGUAGAAAUUUUUUUAAUCAAUUUUAAUAAUCAAUUAGAUAUUACCAACUCUGAAGAAAAAUUAGAAAAUCCUUCAAAUGAUCAAGAAGAACAUAUUAUUAUUCCAAAACAAUGUAGUAACAUUAUCACACUUAUAUCAUAUUGUUAUAAUUUUGGAUUGAUAUCCUGUAAACUAAUAUAUAAUUUGAUUUCAGAAUUAAUUAAAACUCCUAAUGAAUUCACUACUGAAUUAUUAUUAAAAAUUGUAUCUGUCUCUGGUCAAUUGAUUCGUGGAGAUGAUCCUACUGCCUUAAAAGAUAUACUUUCAGAAUUAUUAACAAAUGUAAAAACAAUUAAUAACAAGAGUCCACGUUUAAAAUUUUUACUUGAUACAUUAUCAGAUUUGAAAAAUAAUAGAUUAAAACCGUCUAUCCUUGCUACUAGUAAUCAACAAUUGAAAAAAAUAAUCCAAGGUUCGGUUAAAUCUUCUGGUUUCUUAGAACCAUUACAAGUUUCAUUGGAUGAUAUUAAAAAUGUAGAGACAAAGGGUAAAUGGUGGUUAGUUGGUGCUUCGUGGAGGGGAAAUAUGGAUAACGCAUUUGAAGAAGCAGAAUCUCAAUCCAAUAAUAAUUCCACUGCAUUAUCUGAUAAUAUUACACUUGAUGACUCGUUGUUAGAUGAAAUACCAGAUUGGAUGGCUAUAAGUAAGAAACAGAGAAUGAAUACGGAUAUUCGUAGAGCUAUUUUCAUUAGUAUAAUGUCUGCUAAUGAUUACAUGGAUGCUUUUACAAAGUUAGAAAAAUUAGGUUUAAAGAAUAAACAGAUGUUAGAAAUACCAAAAGUUUUAUUGCAUUGUUUAGUAACCGAUGGUAACUCAAAUGGAUAUAAUCCGUAUUAUUCUCUAGUUGCUUCAAAAUUAGCUGAACAUCAUAGUCAAUUACAGAAACCAUUUCAAUUCUUAUUUUGGGAUAUAAUUAAGAAACUGGAAGAUAAAAUGAAUAUUGAAAGUGAUUCUGAAGUAGAGUUAGAUGAUGAUUCAGAUUUAAACGAAGACGAGAGAUUGAAGAAAAUAUCAAAUCAAGGUAGUUUUUUCGGAUCCUUAAUUUCAGAAGGUAUCUUGAAAUUUGAAUCAUUUAAGCAUGUCCCAAUAAUGAGUGGUUUAACAACUGAAGGGUUAUUGUUUGUACAGGUCCUAUUGUUUCAAUUCUUUUUAGCAGAAGGUAAAAAGGCUGAAAUAAAGGGAAAGAAGAACUCCAGCGGUAAAAGAGAAUAUACUUACAAAGCUACUGGUUUAACCAAGCAUUUGGAAGGUAUCAAGUUGGAUAAUAAAGUAACCAUUUUAAAAGGGUUAAAAUGGUUCACUACUAAGAAAUUCAAAUAUAAACCAUUUAUAAAAGGAAGCCCAAAUAGUAAAGAAUAUAUACGGGAAAACAGAAGACUGGAUUGGGCAGUUCAUGAAUUUGUAAGUCAAAUUGAAGCAUCCUUGGAUAUUAUAGACAUUUAG